GAUUGUGACUUUAUGUGAACAGUUUGUGGUGGGUUACUCUGAUCAUUGUUUAUGUCAGUGCUGCUAGUGAGCACUUCAGCUUUCUGCUAGAGCUUUAGCUGCUCAGUUUUAGUGCUAGCUGCUACCUGGAUUGUCCUACAGAAGGUUUAGGCUACAGAAGAUCUACGACUCCAACUAUUAUUAUGCUAUCCAUUACAGCAAUAGUAGGAGAAUUAGCCUUUGAAAAGAUAUUCACUAUUUAACAGUUUGUUCUUCACUUAACAGGUCCAUCAUUCACAGGCUCUUAACACUAAGCCACCAUGGCCAUGGGUAGUGGUGCAGGAGGCAGGGACUGUCGUCAUGGCACACUGCACUUGUAUGGCAGGGCUGGGAGAGGUGUGCUCCCACGCCGCAGCACUAAUGUUCUCACUCCUAGCUGGUGUUGAGCACAGAGAGGGACAGGCAUGCACAGACAAAGCAUGUGCAUGGGAAGAGCCAAAGCAAAAACUCGUGAAAUAUGAUGAGCUAUCAAACAUCUUUCAAAAUAAGGAGAAAGAUAAAAAACAAGACAAGCACCAUCACAUGAAAGCAUCCACUGAUGAGCUCAAGCUGUUUUUUGAACAGCUCCACCACAGUGAAAACCAGGAGGCCAUCCCUAAGAAAAGUGCCAUUUUGUCAGUUGUUGAAGGCCAUUCUAUCAGAUACAUGCCCAAGACUGUACAGUUGGACAUGCCACCACCUCUUCCUACGCUGUACUCAAGCACCAGGCUUGAAUUUGAUUUGCCCGCACUGCUGGAGGAGGCUGCUAGGAUUUUUGAGGAGCUGCAUCUCACUCCUGAGCAGAUGGGGUCUGCAAAAUGAAGACACUGCCAGGGAGUCGUACCUGAAGACCAUGCGAGAUCUCCAUGUGAACUUCAGCAUUACAGCAUCAGGGCUCAUUAUCAACCCGGACCUACCAUGGCUAGGAGCAUCGCCAGAUGGUGUGGUGACCUGUGAUUGCCAUGGAAGUGGUGUGCUUGAAAUAAAAUGUCCUUUUAAUGCUAAUGGCCGUGCUCUCAAGGAAUGUGUCAGUGACCCACAUUUCUGCCUUACUGUGACUGCGGAAGGUAUGACCCUCAAGCAAGAUCAUAGUUACAUGUACCAACUGCAGGCCCAAAUGCUUGUAGCUGAGGUAAUGUAUGGAGAUUUUGUUGUGUGGACACCACAAGAAGUUUUUAUGCAACGAGUCCAAUUUGAUCAAUACUUUUUUGAUGAGGCCUACACUAGGAUGGAAGAAUUCAUUAGAAAAGGGGUACUGCCUGAGCUGUUGGGUAAAUGGUUUACUGUGCCACACCUCUCCUCAAGUGCUAACCUUGAGAAGGCACCUGAGGGAUGUUACUGUGGAAACCCUGUUGAUGACACAGACAUCCUUUCUUGCACAUCUGAGCAAUGCAAACAAAAGCGCUUCCACAAGUCAUGUCUGAAGCUGAGCAGGGUGCCAAAGAGUUGGAAGUGUGUAGAAUGCAAAAAGCAAACAAACAAGAUAUGAAGUUAGCAAGGCAGCUUUAUUUGUAUAGCACAUAUCAGCAACAUUAAAGAGCGGUUAAAACCGAUAAUAAAAAUAAAAACAGAUAAAAUA